AUGCCGGCGACUCGCCAAGUAUCCAAGAACAGUCCUACACCCCGUAACACAUCAGCACAACAGGAUUUCGUGUUCCCCGAGAACAGCCAUCUGCUCAUUACCACACCGCGGCAUGUAUUCGCAUGGGACAGAAGCGGCAUACGGCCUAUAUUUCGCAGCAAAGCAGGGGGCAUUGUAGCGGCACGGGAAGCCAAGGAUGGAUCAGGAGUCCUCGCCGUCGCCAGCAGCAAUGUUGUGGUUAUGCAUGAUGCGAGGCGUAGGAAAGACGAGAGCUGGGGACUGAACGCGCCGCGAGAGGAGGUCCGCCAUCUGGAAUACUCGCCUGAUGCGACAUCACUGUUCCUCUCAACCACAUCAGGUGGAGCGAUACAACACUACAGUACCGAGAAGCAAAGGUUGCUGGAUCCAGCUCAGACGCACCACGCAGCUCCUGUCGCACUUGCUAUCUCGCCUACCGGCCAUCUCAUGCUCUCGGCAUCGCAGGACCCUCCAAUGGUCUUCUUGAAGAACCUUGCGCAUAAUACCUCUCCGCUCAAGAUCCAGCCUCAGGCCUCUGACGCAGCCGUGUGCUGCGCUGUAUUUCAUCCCGAGCGACCGAAUGUGUUCCUGUUGGCAUUCCGUGAUGGGACAGUUGCGGCCUACGAUGCGACAAAGAUGCCAAGGAAUAAUCGGGGCACAUAUGCAAAUCAGCAGAGUGUCAACGACGGGGAGAUAGCGCAUUUGCAGAAAGUACACCGUGCUACAGCGGCGGAUGCUGAUGCGGCACCUAUAGCGGGGAUCACAUUCUUGCCUGGCUACAAGACCAGAGCUAUCACCGCUGGUCGAGAUGGACGGUGCAAACUCAUCGACUUCACAAAAGGUGGCGAGACAUUGAGGACUUGGCAUGCGAAAGCACCACUUACUUCCAUUGCUGUAUGGGGUCUCAGAGCCAAAGCUGAGCCAGGCUCACUUCGAGAAGUCGCUUCUGAGCAUCGUCGCAAUCGCAGCUCCAGCUCGCACACGAUCGGAGGCCCCACAAGCACCAGCAGUAUCAUCGCAGUGAGUCGUCUCGACGGCAAGGUACAACUAUAUGACAGCGUUGGUCUGCUCCUCGCUCAGCGAGCUGUCAGCAGCCUUGAGGAGCAGAUAUUGAGUCUUGAGUGGGCGAAAGGUGCUGCACCCGAGUCCCACGUUACUGAUGCCUUGGGACGGCACUUCAGCGAUGCAGAGUCCAUACCACCCAUUCCCAUCACGAAACAGAGGGUCGUGUCCUCACCACCCACGAUAGCCGCGCAGAAAGAAGCUCACAAGGAGAUUGUGCCCGCAAGGACAGGCCUUGGACUCCCUGCAGAGCUCAGAACCAGACCACCUUCUCGACAAUUCACUAUCCACCCGGAUGAAGAAGCACAGGGCACUGUCCAGUAUACGCCAUCGCCAAAGCGUCAGCCGACGGGCUCUGCGCAAGUAGUGAACUACCAAGAUCUCUUCUCACCGGUCAAGGUAUCGAACCCGGCAGAGCAGAGCCCGGCAAAGCGCCUGGUGUCAAAUUCGCCGCGUACUCGCCCGUGUAUCUCGAGCCAAACCUUUGUCAAGAGUCCUGCAGUACUCUUAAGCUCGUCGGCCGCCGUCUCACCUGGUCAGGCUACAUCCAAGUCGCCAUCCACCCACUUCACCUCCGCGGCAUCCGAGUGUGUACCUCACAAGAGCGACAAAGUGUCCUCAUUGAAGCCAAAGCAUCGCGUGAGCAGCCAGGCGUCACCUCUUAGUCGAGCGAAGCGGCGCAUCACCUUUCAACAGAGCGGCGAUGGAUCGACCAGAAGCAUUAACAGUGGUUCGCCAAAACUUAUCAACUCAAACGCCAAAGUGUUGGCUGAUCUUCGCAGACUGAACAAGGAUGAUCUUACCAAUCAGAGAUACGGCACUCUCUCAUCAUAUGCCGCAGUGCAGCGAACUGGCUCAGCAAAUGACAGUCAAAGAUCAAAGGCUUCCAGCAUCAGACCCCCACCCAGAGCUCGUUCGAACAAGCCUCGUUCUCCGCCUAGCAUACACGUCCACGAUCCAAGCACCUGGCCGUCUGACUCUAAUGCCGACUCUCACAGCACUGACAUCUGGUUCACAUCAGGCUCGGAGGACGACACGAGUCACAAACGAAGGCGCCGCAUGAAACCUCUGACCCGUCCACCAGCCAGGCAAACCUCACGAUCCAGAAUAACCUCGAAGGGCACAAUCAGCACAGGACUACCUACAGACCCAUCACAAGCCCUCCCUGCCCACGAUGGCUGGACCGACGGAGACGGUGAUAGGUAUCUCACUGCUCAGUCGCGUCUGUCGCCGGUGGCAUCGCUCUCUUUGAUAUCGGAGGAUUUACGAAACUUGUUUCCUAGGACUUCGUCACUUAGUCCGAAUAAGCAGACGCGCACCGCUAGGACCGGUCAGACUCGGGCACCAGUAGGCAAGGACGGUACAUUGACGGAGCGAGCAGUGAAUGCCGUCGCUACCGGGAGACCACCGUGCAGUCCUUGGGACAAGGUCAAAGCUAGUAAGAGCAUGCAGCCGUCACCAUCCAGGAAGCACGAUGCUGUGAAAUUCUACGAGGGUCCGUGUACCAUGUCGGGAGCGCUGCCACAGAGAGAGCUGGUAGUUUGUUCGACGUGUCCGGAGACGAAUUCUAGAUUGAAAGAUUUGGAGGGUCAAGUUGCGCAGCUGCGGGGAGAGGUACUGGCGAUGAAAGCGGUGUUGAGACGGGAUGGGGUGCCGCUUCCUGCUUGUCUUCGUUAG